UAACCAUGUUGGUCUGUCCACUCCUAGUGGUAGCCCUAGGUGCCCUAUGGCCACUGGACUGGACCCAUACUAGACUGGACUCACUGAGCCCAGUGACUGGACAUUACCAUGGUUCUAGUUGGGUCAUGGCAGAGAAGGUUGCUCAAGGUGAUGAUCCUGGCGAGGAAGUAGUGGUAGUGGAGGGUACUACUAGUGAUGAGGUGGCAAAGAACAAGGAGAGUCCAAAGGGGUGGAAGGAGUGGUGUAAGGAUAGAUGUAGGGACUGGGCUAUAUUAGGAGUAGUACUGGUAAUAGCAUUAGUGGCAGGAUUCGUGGUAGCAGCUAAGUCGGGUUGGUGGGCUGGUCUAAUAGCAAUUGUGAUAGUGUUAGUGUCGAUAACAGCAGUUGCUAUUAUACAAAACUGGAGCUACAUAAAGGAUAAGUGUAUUUCACAACGCAGUGGAAAAUCGCUGAAGGGGAUGACUGCUAAAAAUGUAGAUUAAUGUACAUCAUCUAAGAGGUACCCCUGGGCAUGUGACCUAU